AUGACUCAUCGAUUGGAUGAAUUUAAUAGGCAACGUCUUCGCUUGAAAGGGAACAGAGAUGUUCAUCAUUUUAAAUAUUCAUCAACUAUCCUUCUUGUGAUCAUGUUGGUUGGAAUGAUUUUCUUCCAACUGCACAUUCGAAUCUACAAUUCAAUAUUUGGACCUUUUCAUUUCAAUUUAAUUGAUUUUGCUCAACAUGUGAAUACAUAUCAAAACAAUUAUUCUUAUGUUUCACUUCUUGGGAGGAAGGAAUACAUUCAAUUAGAAUUAGGAGAGAAUAUGUUCCUAGAUCCAAUUAGUAAGUACGCUAUAAUUAAACAAUAUUUCGACCGUAUCACACGAAACUAUCAUAUUGCAACUUAUAAACGAAUUCGAAAACCAUCUAUUUAUGUUAAAUUACCAACUGCAUCACAAAGUCGAUAUCACACUCGACUCCCAUUUCAUUUUAAGUCGUACACCAUUCGAACGCUACAGUGCAUUGUACGAUGCUUACCGUCUAAUUCUGCCGACACAUACCGAACAUGGGUCGAAAAAUCUGAGUAUGUUCGAUAUAUCGACGAUCAAUAUACAAAGAACUCCACUGAAUUCAACAAAGCUGUACUAACAAAAUGUGGAGUAUUGAUCGGAUAUCUUUAUAGGCCGAAGGGUGAAAUAGUUUUUACUGCAAGUAACCAGUAUAAGUUCGCCGCAGAGGAUUUAGCUUUGAACAUGACUCAUCAAUACUUUUCUCCUUAUUUAUACGUCAUACUAGGUCUAAUUUUUAUGUGGCUCUUUCUGAAAAGUCUUUUCUAUUUGAUGCGUUACUUGAGCAUCAGACUACGAUGUGAUUACCUGCAUAAAGCUGGUAUAUUAUCAUGGCCUCUGAAACUCUUUCCAAGUGUUGCCGAAGAACUUUGGUUGUUGAAUAUCGAUGGAUCUCUCUUUGAGCAAUUGAUCAAAUUCGAUGAAUAUCUAGAAAGAAGUGAACACAAAUAUAAUAACCGGCUAGCUAUCAUUGAAAACGACGAACAUUAUUUAUUUGUUGUCUUAUUGAGGAUAAGUUUAGAUGAGAAUAUCGAUGCUGAUGAUAAAUCAUCGCCGUUUAUUAUUUGUCCUGUUACAGAUAUUCAUAAAAUUAAAUAUUAUCAAGGUAUCUACUAUGGUCCAGAUGAAUCAUUGCUUCCGUGGCCGAUAUCAGCGAAUUAUGUGGAAAAUUAUUCUACAUGGUUACAUGAUAUAUUAAUGGAAAUCAGUGAAGUUUAUAGAACAAGAUACACAACACGACUUCAAAGUGAACAAUCUCCGACGUGUUCGAUACAAGCAGGAAAUGCUGUGCGUGAUGCAGGGGUCAGAAAUAGACAGAGACAAAGUAAUGUAAGGUCGCAAGAAAAUCAUUUGGAACAGCUGAUUCGUGAAGAAGAAAACUUUCAGUUACUACAACUUGAGCGUCGAGAUUUCUAUGAGAUUCAAUAUUCUCAAGAAAAGCCUGCUUCGACACGAUUUAUUGCCAGUUUUCGACAAGCACAAGAAAAUUCAAAUAGACGAGUGACCAUCGAUAUGGAUGUUGAACGUGAUGUGUGUGCUAUUUGUCUUAAUUACUUAACAACUGGCCAGCAUUAUUCUCAAUGGCCUUGUUCUGGUAACCGACCACAUUUGUUUCAUUAUAAAUGCAUGUUGGAUUCGUUGCGCACGAGAAAUACAUGUCCACUGUGUCGACAUGAAGUGGAGCCAGCACCAGCCAUGUUACAACAAAAUAUAAUACAAAUAAUUCGUCGAGUUUUUCUGUAA